AAACCUAUUUUUUACUCUAUAUAUAAAGUAGUUUUUUUUUGUUCACUCUCUCUAUCUUUCACUCUAAAUAGAGUACCAUUGUAGCAAUAUCCAACUCUAUUAUAGAGUUACUCUAUUUUAGAGAAAAAAUUAAAGUAAACCAUUAGAGAUGAUCUUAUAGAGUAAAAUAUAGAGAAAUGUCAUAUUUUUAUUCUAUAUUUGGAGUGGAAAAGUGACAUUCAUCUAUAUUUCACUUUGUAAUAGAAUAACCAUAUUAUACAUGUUCGUUUCAUGACCACUGACGCUAUGAAACACUGACGCUAGACGCAGCGGCAAUAAAUUAACUUUUCAUUACGGCAACGCAACACCGGUGAAGGUUCAGCCCUAACUUAUUUUCAAGUCGCAGCGACAAUUAAAGCUGAGCGAAAGAGACGCUGAAAUUAAUGGUGUCACAGUAUUUCACUUUUUUUGUGUUUAUGUAGUUCGUCAGCGGCAAUUUCAAUUUUGGAUUCUAUUAUUUUUUGUCUAUGUCGCCUUACCUUUUAGUGCCGCUAGCCAUGCGUCUAGCGGUUAUGAAACGAAUAGGGGUAUCUUAUUAUAUAAAAUUUGGUUCUUUAAAGUUGAUAAUUAACAUGAUCGCGACAUGUGUCAAUUAAUUUAUUAAGAUUGUGACAUAUGUUAAUUUAUCUCAUAAUUAAAAAUAUAUAUACAAAGAAAUUAACAGAAAUGAAUUUCAUUAAAAAGUAAUUAUAAAUAUUAUUUAAUAGUAAUUUUCUUUUUCUUUUAAAUCCUAAUCAAAAGAUAAUUGCAAAAGAUUCUUUGAUAGUAAUUUUCUUUCUAAUAUUGUGACAUGUGUUUAAGUAUAAAAUGAUUAAAAAUAUAUAUAAUAAGAUAAUAAAAAGAAUUUUAAAAAAUACUUUUAAAAAUUAUUUAAUAGUAAAAAAAAUAUUUUUAAAAAAAUUUAGUAGUAAUUUCUUUAGAAAUUUUCCUUUUUCAAAAUCCUAAAAAAAAGAUUUGAAAACAAUUUAUUUAAUAUAAUUUUCCUUUUCUAAAAUUUUAAUGAAAAUAUAAUUAUAAAAAUGUCAGUUAUAUAUAAUUGUUACAAAUGUCAGUUAUAUAUUUAAAAAUAUGAUAUGUGUUAAACUAUCCCAUAAUCAAAAAUAUAUACUAAAAUACUAAAAUUGAUUUUUCUUGAAAAUUAAUUAUGAAUGUUAUUUAAUAGUCUUAUAUAAUAAGAUUUUGUGUUAAAAAAAAUAUAAACCAAAAUUAACUUCACACAUUUCACCUAAUAUGAUGGUGAAAUGUGUCAAUUAAAAAACUAAGGGGUUACAAGAAAAUACUAAGGGGUUGGCGGGUAAGUUAUUAACGUUAAACUCAAGAUAACGUAAUUAUGUGGCCGUACGUGGAAAAGAGCCAGAUAUCAAAUAUUUGUAUGCAUAAAAUGAUACGGAAUAUUAUUGUAAUAGAGACGAAAUACUAUGGUCUAUGGCUUUUUUUUUUUGAACACCAACUAUGGUCUAUGGCUUUACUGACUUUAAUGGGUGUGAUCGCUUUCCAAUGUUUACAUGAUUUUGCUCUUUGAUAUGACUCUUGUUUCUUGGUAACAAAGUAACGUCAACAAUUCAUGGAUUUUGAAUUUGAUAUUGCAGGUGACAUUCAACGUUUACUUCCUUUUGGCAUCCCCUAGCAACGAACCACAGCUAAUGUUGGUAGUUUUAUUGUUGAUGCUACUUUUUGUUUAUCUACCAGCUACAUCAUAUCGAACAUAUUGUAUUGACUAAUUUAUUUAUAUAUUUUCAUGUGUUAUUAUCUGAUGAAGAAGAUAAUCUUUAAUUUUAUGAGAAUAAUCUCUUAUCUUUUUUUUAACACCAAUGAAUUAUAUCUCUAUAUUAUUAUUUGAGAAGUCAAUUUUUUACGUAUCGCUUUCACCUUGAUUUUUAGAAUAAUUAAUUACAAUGAUAAUCUUAAUGAAUUAAGAAUUAUUAUAAUGACAUUAUUAACAUUUUUAUUUAACUUUUUCUUUGCUAAUAUUUGUUUCCAAAUCACCUUAUUUUGAAAAGGAAAUAUCUUUCAUAUAAACAUAUAGCUUCUUAUAAAUAUAAUAAAAACGAAUUUAAAUUUAUACAAAUCAAAAAUAAAUAUAAUAGAAAAGGAAAUAUCUUAAAUUAAAAAUAAAUAUAUAUUAAAUAUCUUUAAUAUAAACAUAUAGCUUCUUAUAAAUAUAAUAAAAACGAAUUUAAAUUUAUACAAAUCAAAAAUAAAUAUAAUAGAAAAGGAAAUAUCUUAAAUUAAAAAUAAAUAUAUAUUAAAUUUUUAUAUUUAAAGUAUGAAAUUUAAUUAAAACGAAUUUAUCUUAUUCAAUAAAAAGGAAUAGAAGAUAAAAAAAAUAUCGAUUAAAAAUAUUAUAUAUGAUUUCUGUUAAUAACAACUAUUUUUAUUUCUUUUUUAAUUAAAUUUAAAUAAAAUUUUAACUAAAUUUUCCUUUUUGCACUAAAUAAAUUUCUAGCUUAAAUUUCAUUUUUUUACAAUAGCACAUAAAUACAAUUAAAUAUUUACAAAAUGUAAAAAGAUAGAUUAUAUAUAAACAAAAAUGAUUUUUCUUUUUAUUUUUUCAAAAACAUAUACAAAAAAAGAAAUAUCUAUAAAUGUUUUAAAUAUAGGCAUAUAUGUUAUUGAAAUACAUAUAUAAAAUCAUACAUAAAUAUAUUUAUCAACCUAAGGAAAAACUAAACAAAGUAUAAUUAACAAUAUUAUCAUUAUUUUAAUCUAAUUAUAACCAAAAAAUUAUGAUAUAAUCCAAUAAACUAAAAUAUAAAUAGCAAAACCAAUCAAAAUAUGAACAAUCAAAACAACAAAUUAUUAUGAAUUAUCUAUUAUAUAUAAAUUUAUAUAAGUUGAAUAAUUUUAAAAAUAUUACAAAAUGUGUUUAUUGAUGCAUAUCUGAUUUAAUAUUUAUUGUUUUCAAAAUUUGAAAACAACAUACAUCAAACUAUACAAAUUUUACAGAAUAUAUUUUCAAAUAUAAGAUGCAAAUCAACAUAAUUUAUCCAAAUCUGAUCAUCUCAUAUCUAUCUCUAGAAUAGUUAAGUUUUGGAUUUUUAACCUUAAAACUCCUCAACUAAGUUUGUUUUGGGGAAAACCCCAUAAACUAAAUAUUUAAUGAAAAAACUCAAACUAACUUUAUUUAAUGAAUUUAAUCUUUGCUGGUCAUAAUUACAAUUACUACCGGUAAAUAUUUAGUUUAGGGUUACCUAUAUAAACAUAGUUGAGGGGUUUUACCAUUAAAAUAAAAAACUCCAAAAUAAUUAUCUAAUAAUUAGUAACUUUAAUUUUUAAAAUUAACAUUUUUAAAAUUUUCUAUAAAUAUAUGAGUCUGGUUUGUUUUAAAAUCAACAUUAUAUAUGUAUAAAGUAAAAAUGUAAAACCCACCAUAACAUAUAAAAAAAUUAUCUAAAAGUUUACUUGUAAAAACAAUUAUCUAAAAGUUAACAGUGUAAAAAACAAAAAAAAUAUAAUAAACAUUAUAUCUUAUCUAAUAAAAAUUUCAUAAUAAAUCUUUGGAGAUUUUUUAUUAUAUUUUCUGGUUUUUUACUUUUUUUUUAAUUUAUACAUAUAUAAUGUUGAUGUUAAAAACAAAUCAAAACUCAUAUACUUACAGAAAAUUUUAAAAAUGCUAAUUUUUAAAAUUUAAGUUAGAUGAUGUUAUUAAAUUUUGUAUUUUUUUUUAACUUUUAAUAGUAGAACCCCUCAAAAAUGUUUAUUUGAUGUAAAAAUCUCUAAACUAAAUAUUUACUGAUAGUAAGACUAACGAGUGUUUAAUUCAUUAAAUAAAAUUAGUUUAAAAGUUUAUUUGUUAAAUCUUUAAUUUAGAGGUUUUUACCCAAAAUAAACUUAGUUGAAGAUUUUUAAUUUUAACCUCAAGUUUUCCUUUUUCAGAAUUUGAUUCCCAAAAUAUGUAAUUAAUGCUCUAAAACGUGAAACGGCGUUGUAAAAACCUCUCUCCCUUAUAAAUACCCCCACAAACUCAAAACCUCUCGUUCUCUUGUGCUCUCUAGCUGCAACUUUCUAUUUUCGCAGCCCUAAACUCGUUUGUCUCUCGAGAAUCUCUUUACUCCUUCAAUCAACAAUGGAAUUCUGGGGAGCUGAAGUGAAGGCAGGGAAGCCACUUAAAGUGAAACCUGAUGAAGACUGUGUCAUCCACCUUUCACAGGUAUGUAUUGAUAACGGGAAAAAGGGUGAAACUGCGCUCUUGUACGUGACGGUUGAUGGGAAGAGGCUUGUGAUUGGAAAACUUUCUCAGGGAAGUAUUCCUCAGAUCAGCCUUGAUCUGAUAUUUGACCAGGAGUUUGAGCUCUCACACUCGUUGGAGACAGGAAGUGUCCACUUCACUGGCUACAAAUCGCCCAACAUGGAUGAUCAGGAGUGUUACUCUUCUUUUGACUCUUCUUCCGAGGAGGAAGUGGAGGUCCCUGCAACUGACACUGCCAAUGGGAAUGCUGGAGCUGCUGCUUCGAGUGUUGUCAAGGCUGACUCGGAACCAAAGGCCAAGCCUGCUGAAGAAGUGAAGCAUGAAUCAGACGAUGAUGAUGAUGAAGGUUCUGAGAGUGGUUGCAUUUGUUUUUCUAGUGGAUGGAUGAUUGAGAUGAUGAGGAAGAUGAUUCUGGGGACAAAGAAGAAGUGAUAUACCUUCCCUAUUACUCCUCCUUGAUUCUAAUAACUGAAAAAAAAAAACUGUUUGCUGCAGCUUUUGGCUCUUUUGAUAUUUGACUCUUUGUUUUUUGAUAAUAAUGCAAACAAAGUUAAUGGCAGGAAAUUUAAUGAUUUAGCUUUUUAUAAUCUCAAGAAACAAAUUAUCUAACCGGAAACUGGCAACAUAUGACAAAAUUGAAAUCUCUUGACAUGUUUUGAUCUCUGACUGGUUCCAUGGACCCUGAGUUGAUACUUUGAAACUUGUCCAAACGAAGGAUCCUGUUAUUUUACACGUACCAACAGGUCGGAUACUCUCAAGUAUAUGUGGGUGUAAAUGAACAUGGUUUUCUCGCUUCAGGAUCAGGCAAAGUGUUGUAAUAUGUUAGCAGAGACUCGAUUCUCUUCUUCUAUAGCUUUAAGCUUUGUGUUUCGUUUGAAUUUUUUGUUGUAUUGAAUUUGUCUAAUAAAAUUAGUGAAAUCUGAGCUUUAUUACUAAUGACGAAGAGCAAUUAUUGAAAUUAUUUUAAAUGAACAUUAUGUGGAUGAAAUGUUUGUACAUGUGAAGCCCUCGGGAGAUUCCGAAGAUGAGAAGUUUGAGCGAUUGAUUGAACGUCUUCUAUUGGAAGGACCAGUGGCCGUAUCCUUUGAUUAUUUCCCAAGUUACCUACUGGAAAAGUAAGUUUUGAUAUUUUCGAAUAUUUUCUGAAUUUUAUAAGCCAGUAUUCUUGUAAAAAAUAAUUUAAAAAAAAAGACAAUUGAACAACUAAAACAAUUUUACAAGUGGUAAUUUUGAUAUCUUGCAUAAAUUUUUAUGAAACAUGUCUAAAUUUAUGUCUCUAUCUUUAUACUCUUUUGAAAUUUAUGUUUUGGAUUUAAUAUUUUGGAUUGCACAUGGUGGGUUGUAUGAUGUUGCUACUAUCACUGCAAUCGUUUAAAAUAGUAAUGAAAGUUUAUUUGGGUGAUAGAAAAAAAAGAACAUUUGUUGUAUUGUAUUUGUCUAACAAAAAUAUUGAAAUCAGAAUUUUAUUGCUGCUUCUAAAAGUUCUAAUGAUGAAGAUUAUGA